AUGGCCGCAGAGGGGGGCGGCGGCGGCGACGUGGGCAGGGCAGACGGCUGCAAGAAGACGCCGUGGACGCAGGAGGAGGACGAGGCGCUGCGGCGUGGGGUGCGCGAGCACGGGCCGAAGAGCUGGGACGCCAUCGCGCUCGCGCUGCCCGGGCGAGCCUCCAAGUCGUGCCGGCUGCGUUGGUGCCAGCACCUGUCGCCGGAGCUGGACAGCCGCCCCUUCACGCCCGAGGAGGACGAGGAGAUCAUCAGGAGGCAGCACGAGUUCGGCAACAAGUGGGCCACCAUCGCGCGCUACCUGACGGGACGCUCCGACAACGCCGUCAAGAACCGGUGGAACUCCACGCUGCGCAAGCAGCAGCUGGGCGCUCACGACACGGAGGCCGCGGCCGAUGACCAGGCCGUCCGGGUGUGCCUCCAGCUGUUCCCCAUGACGGCCGGGGUCUUGGAAGAGGAGGCAGAGGCCGCUGCGGCGGCAGAGGGCGAUGUAGCCACCGACCUGACGCUGGGGUUGCCGGGGCUGGGCGAGGCCUCGGCCGUAGACCUGAGUCUGAGCCUCUGA